UUUUAUAGUUGUCUAUAGUGGCAAACUAGUAACUCGUCCAUUUUGUUCCGAAGUAAGGAACGAAGAUCAUUUCGUGUUUAGCGGUCAGCCGUUUCCUGUCUUUGAAGACUUAAAAUGCGUUACGUCGCCGCUUAUCUUCUUGCCCUUUUGGGUAACAAAGAGAAUCCUAGCAAUACUGACCUGGAGAAAAUCCUCUCCUCGGUUGGUAUUGAAGUUGAUGGAGAGAAACUGAAGAAAGUGAUCUCUCAACUUAAUGGCAAAAAUGUUGAAGAACUGAUCGUUCAAGGUAAAGAAAAACUUGCCUCCAUGCCAGCUGGUGGUGCUGCUGCGCCUGUUGCAGCUGGUGCUGUUUCUCCUGCUGUUGCAGAAGAAAAGAAAGAAGAAAAGAAGCCAGCAAAAGAGGAAUCUGAAGAUGAAGAUGAAGACAUGGGCUUUGGACUUUUUGAUUAAAUUCUAAACUCAGGACUAGAUUUUAUUCAUCAGCGGAAGACCAACGUCGAUUUUAGAGAUAACUUUUUUAUUGACCAAUGAUGGCAGUUGUUUCUGCCGCUGAAGAAUAAAUAUUUCCCAUAAAAACAGAA